UGAAGAUCUUUCAACCUGACGUGAUAAAUAAUUAUUAAUUUAAAAAAAUCCUUUGCAUGUUUUCAUUUGAGACGUAGCAGUACACAUAUGAAAGACUGGCGUACAAGAUGCAUGUCCUAUUGAAAUGUUUCUGGAUUUUCCUACAGAACUUUCUCCAAGUAACACUUUGUCAGGAGUUCAAGAUCCUUCACCAUCCCUUGCAAUUGACCACCCUGGCCGGUGGUAAUGUCUCCAUUCAGUGUGAGCUUUCUCCACCUGUUCAUCCGCCACAACUCAUUAUCUACUGGCAUAGGGGGAAUCCAGAUGGCCAACCGAUGUACCCAAUGAGCCACAACGGAGGUGAUAAGCGAGUGCAGAUCCAAAAUGUAAGCGGAAACUCUGUUUGGUUGUGCUUUGUGGACAUUACUCUGCAAGAUUCUGAUGUUUACUUCUGCAGUUUUCACGUACCCCAAUUAAACAGAAAUUUAUCAAGUCAAGAAAUUCAGCUGAAGGUGCUUGGCGCUCCAACGCAACCAGUUUUGAAAGUGCAAAAUGAUUCCGAUGUCACCAUUCUGACAUGUCAAAGUGGUGGUUUUUUCCCUGAAAACAUUAGUGUUUCUUGGAUAAUUGAUGAUGUGGAGCAACAGGACCCCAGACCCAUUGUGCAGAAGAAUGGGCAAACAUACAGCCUAAGCAGUCUCAGACAUAUUACCAAGGAUGGGGGAAGAGGAAUAAUGAAAGUCUGCUGUCUUGUUGGGCACAUAUCACUAGUGAAACCUUUGGAGAGUGAAAUUAUCAUUCUGGAAACUGAAGAUUCAAGGAAAAGCUACCUUCAAGAAAAGUAUUUCAACUUCUUUGUUCUGUUAUUCGUUGUUUUGCUUGUUGUGGUUCUACUGCUGAUUCGAUGGCGCAGAAUUCGAGUUGCAAAUGGAAGAGAAGAUGGAUUAAAAAACAACAGUUUUCAAACAGCAGACAACCAGGCACCAUCUAGUUUGCUGGAAAAGGGUGUUUGUUAUGCCGAGCUUCUCCACCCAAAUAAAGUGACCGAAGAUGCCAGCCAGCUUUCUACAGAAGCAGGAAGAACUACACCCAUUGUGAGAAGAGCCAAAUGCCAUGCCAGGGUCGGGGAACAGUCCUCGGAGAUAUAUGACACCAUAUGGUCUCAUGUGUGACACCACUGCAGAUGAUCCAGAAACUCUACGGCACCAAGAGGCUUGUCCAGUUUUCCUUUCCAAAACUGUUAUUUAUAGUGAAAAAAAAACCUGCUGUUUGUUUAACAUCAUCUGUAAUACAUUUUAUGUGAUUUUGCAAAAGCUCUAAACUCAUCUUUUUAACAGCAUCCUCUUUGCCAGUUUUUGAUGUGUUUUGAUUGCAUAAGCAGACAGCAACAACAACAACAACAUAGCUUCCUGGAGCCAAAUGGUAUUGUAUCACCUUCUCUUACUUCUUGUGAUCUUCUGAAUAUCAAAGAAGUGCCUACUCUUCAGAAUCCAAAUACGUGUUUGUAACAUCUGACUUGGCAAAGUCACCUUUUACAGUCUGUCCUUUACAGCUCACACCUCCUCCCCCACAUCCCCUGCCACUGUCACUUAUUCCCAUCAGCUUAAAAGAUAAUUUGUUAUCCACACUAUCCAGAUGACCUCUUUGGUUUAUUCAAAAUGUAAAAUAAUCAUGUUAAGGGGGUUUCAGAAUGCUAUUCACUGUAUAUGUUUAGUAAUAUUAAGAGUACUUCUACUUUGCAGCUCCACGGAUCUGGGUUUGAAUCCAUUGUCCAUAUUAAUUGGGGAGUUCAUCUCACAUCAUCAUACUGGACCAAUGUGUAGUCAACUCUUAACUGGUUCAGGUGCUGGUAGGUUGCUUUUCUUUUUAAAUGAGACAAUAGGCCCCAGGAUAGACUGGUGUUUCAUUUCCAGAAUGACUUUUUAGCAUUUGUUUUUACUAGAAUAGGCAUUACCACAACCCUGAAGAGACAAAAGCCUGUAUGAAAGUGGGCAGACAGUUGGCAAAAUGGGAUACACACAGCAAACACGCAUGUCUGUGUAAGAGUGUAGCCAUUAUCGUGAAGGGAAACAGAAUUGUCAUUCUAUUUCAAGUUUUCUCUUAUUUCAUAUUUUUUAUGUACCAAAUCUAACAUUUAAGAUGACCUUCAGAGUCUGAUGUAAAAUAACAUUCUCAACCCCACUUAAUGGAUAAGUUUGGUAUU